GCCCCGAACUCAGAGAACUGAAAUUGGGGGUGCGCACUACGCUCAUUGGCGUAUUAUAGCACAAAUCCUCUCACAUUCUGGGUCCUUCGGUUCGCACUCUCUUUAAUCUAUUAUCUCUCUGUUCCCGAACCACACAUUAACGCAAUAACCCUCCGCAGACCGCAAAGAAUCCUAUUGAGGCGCAUCCUUCUAUGUUCUCGUUUCGUUUCGUCGAAGUGCCGAUCUCGUCCUUUUCCGCGUUUCUCUCUUCAACAUCGCUGAGAAUCGCUUGAUUUAGGUCAAAAUUCACCGAUUUUGUGGUUUUUAAGGCAUCGACAGGGUUUGACCAAGAAGCUUAUCAGUGUAUUAAGCUGCAAUGCGGGCACAUGAUAGAUAUGAAGCUGAAGAAUAUGACGACUAUGAGGAUGAAGGAGAAGAGCAAUAUGAAGAAGAUGGUGAAGAGGGGGAAGAGGAGGAAUACGAAGAGGAAGAACGAAAACCAACAGAAGAAGAACUGAAAAUUCUUGAAUAUAGGCAAAAGCUAAAAGAACUUCACAGAAAAAAUUUAAAAAAAGAAAAUGGCUCUGAUCGGGCUAGUUCCCAAGACAAAAAGAAUAGACUUCCAUAUGACAAUUUUGGAUCCUUCUUUGGCCCUUCUCAGCCAGCUAUUUCUCAGAGAGUACUCCAAGAAAGCAAGUCAAUAUUAGAGACCCAGCAUUUGGCUUCCAGGCUUUCAAAUUCCUAUCGUAAUAAUGGAAAGACCUCUGCUUCAAAUAGUACAGGAUCCAAGAAUGGAGUACAUCGUCGGAUACCUAAAGUCAAUGAGAUGCAAAGGAAAGUUGAAAGGAUUAAGGUCUCAAGAGAUUACUCCUUUCUAUCUGAUGAUGCAGUGCUUCCAGCACCUAAAAAGGAGCCUACAACACGAAAUGUCGCUGUACCAAAUUCUGAGGCGCGAUCAGCUCAAGUACCACCAAGGAGCAAACCACCAUUGGGCAGUAGUGGCAGAAAUGUUCAUGCGGCCCAUGAAGAAAGGAAAUUAAAUCCUUCUAAUGGCCAUAUGCAUUUAGCUCGUGACGACAGGAAAGCAGUUUCUUCUAAUAGCCAAAUGAAUUUGGCUCGUGGAGAAAGAAAAAUAGUUUCUUCAAAUGGCCAAAGAAAAAUAGUUUCUUCAAAUGGCCAAAUGCAUUCUAAAGCAGGACCUGACAGGCCAACUUCUGCAAGUAAACCCAAUUUGACACCAAUGGAUUCUAGAAGGCAGCAUAGUAGUAGCAAUGGAAUUGGGCCUGGCCGGCCCGCAGGGCCGAAACCCCAGCCUUCCAAAGUGCCUGUGAUCUCCAUGCAGAAGAGAGCUUCUGCCCCAGUUGCAAAGAAUCAUUUGCCCAGUGCAAAGGUACCACCUUCUUCAAAGAUGCAACCAACUAUUCAGAAGAAACCCUUAGAACAGAGAAGGGGCUCCGAAGAACUCAAUAGGAGUAAAACAAUAACGAAGCAAAUGGCUGCUUCGUCAAAGCCUCAGGUUUUAACCAUUAUACUAGUUACAUAUAUAGUUCAACUUGCAAGUUGGUUUGACUGUAAUAUUUUGUGGCUGAGUAGUCUGUGUUUACUUUCUUUCCUGAUAUUUUUACAGAUAAAGAAGCCACUUAAGCAAAUAUCAUCACGUGCUCAAGAUCCCCGCUCCAAGAAGAGACCAAGUUAUUCUGAUGAUGAAGAUGCAGAGGCUUUCAAUAUGCUCAGGAGUAUGUUGGGACCCCGAAAAUUUGCUACUUACAAUGAUGAUGAUGAUAGCGACAUGGAGGCAAAUUUUGAGGAUAUCAUGAGAGAGGAGAAAAGAAGUGCAAGAAUUGCUCGACAAGAGGAUGAAGAACAACUACGCCUUAUAGAGGAAGAGGAGAAGCGUGAGCGAAUGAGAAAGUUGACGAAGAAGCGUAAGCUGAGCCAAUAGCAUUGAUUAUACAGACAUUCAUCAAUCAGAAUCAGAAUCAGAAACCCAGAAGUCCCUUUGGUUCUUUGUAUCUUCUUUCUUUGUAGUUCUGGCACUAAUUUGCCUUUUCUCAGCUAAAUUAUGGGACUUUGAAUUUAAUUUUUUCGUGUAGAAAUACUUUGUUAGUGGUAGAUGUAAUUUGGUAUAAAUAAUAAUAAGUGAGGUUUUUUGGGUAUCAUCUUAAUUAUUU